CGCGGCCUGCGCGCUCCUGGGCGGGGGAUGUUGUGAUGGAGAAGCUGCGGUGUUGCCGGAGCCCUGCAGCUUGAGCUACCUUCGCCACCUGGGCCUGGGGCUUCGCCGCGCAGGAUCUACCAAGGCCAUGUCUGUUCCAUCAUCCCUGAGCCAGUCGGCCAUUAACGCUAACAGCCACGGAGGCCCUGCACUCAGCUUUCCCUUACCCCUGCACGCUGCCCAUAACCAGCUGCUCAACGCCAAGCUGCAAGCCACAGCUGUGGUACCCAAGGACCUGCGAAGUGCUAUGGGUGAGGGUAGUGUGCCUGAACCAGGCCCUGCCAAUGCCAAGUGGUUAAAGGAAGGCCAGAACCAGCUUCGGAGGGCUGCCACAGCCCACCGAGACCAGAACCGAAAUGUGACCUUGACCUUGGCGGAGGAGGCCAGCCAGGAGGCUGAGACAGCACCUUUGGGUCCCAAAGGCUUAAUGCAUCUAUACUCUGAGCUGGAGCUCUCGGCCCACAAUGCAGCCAACCGAGGGCUUCAUGGAUCCGCCUUGAUCAUCAACACCCAGGAACAGGGACCAGAUGAAGGAGAGGAGAAGGCAGCAGGAGAGGCUGAGGAGGAUGAUGAAGAAGAAGAGGAAGAGGAUGAGGAGGAGGACUUGUCUUCUCCUCCAGGGCUACCUGAGCCUCUGGAGAAUGUGGAAGUCCCCUCUGGGUCCCAGGCCCUCACAGACGGCCCCCGGGAACAUAGCAAGAGUGCUAGUCUCCUAUUUGGCAUGCGAAACAGUGCAGCCAGUGAUGAGGACUCAAGCUGGGCCACCUUAUCACAGGGCAGCCCCUCCUAUGGCUCCCCGGAGGACACAGAUUCCUUCUGGAACCCCAACGCUUUCGAGACGGAUUCCGAUCUACCGGCUGGAUGGAUGAGGGUACAGGACACCUCAGGGACCUACUACUGGCACAUCCCAACGGGGACCACCCAGUGGGAACCCCCAGGCCAGGCCUCCCCCUCACAGGGGAGCAGUCCCCAAGAAGAGUCCCAGCUCACCUGGACUGGCUUUGCUCACCAAGAAGGCUUUGAGGAAGGAGAGUUUUGGAAGGAUGAACCCAGUGAGGAGGCCCCAAUGGAGUUGGGACUGAAAGACCCUGAGGAGGGGAUAUUGUCCUUCCCAGCUCAGAGCCUC